AUGGAGCUACAGGACCUUCUAUCCAGGCAUGCCCUUACCGUCUUGAACUCCUGGCAUGACCCCACACCAGCUACGUACCACGGCCCCACAGGUGACACCCAAAUCGACUUCAUUGCCACGAGGCACCGUACUGCAGGAGGCCGGGCAAAGUGGGCCCGUGCUAUCACAGGGUUUCCGAUAGGGGCGCAUAGGCUUUCGGGUCACUACCCAGUGUAUGCUCAGCUCCCCGUGCUGCCGUUCUACUUGUCUCAGCCUCAUCAAUCCACCGCUUCCAGCUAUGACAAGCUGGCACUGCAGCAAGCCUUCAGAGAGCAGUCCCCUCGCGCCGAGGUCCUGCGACAACGUGUCGCGGACCGCCUGCAUGAGAUCCCCACCGAGGAUCUGCUGCAAAUGCAAAAGCAAGUCAAUCAUAUGCUCCUGCAGGAGACCGCCUCGGUCUUCCCUGCUCGCAAAGCUCGCAAAGCAGCCGACACCCGCAUCAGUGCGGACCCUGAGUUUCAAAUCUCAGCCCGUCGCACUUGGCAGCUUUACCGAUUGGCUAAGAAAGCAUGUGUUUGCACCCUCCAAGGCAUUUGGAGGCAGUGGCACCGUGUGGCCCAGUUUGCCAAAGCCUCAUCUCAACUCAGACUGCAAAGCAAACAAAUCAAGCGUGCCCAGAUGUUAGCACUUGUGGAUACGGCCGAGACUGCUGCAGCCAAGGGAGAUCAGCGAGUGCUUUAUGAGGUGGUCCGCAGACUCACGCCAAAAACUCAGCUUCGCUUCUCCAGGCUUAAAUCGCAUGACGGCCGGUUGCUUGCCUCACAGGAGCAGAUUGGGGCCAUCCAGGACCAUGGCAAGGAAACCUUCGCAUCCCAAAUGGACGAACAGCCGCCUUCUCACCUUCCGGCAGACUUUGAAGUGGACGUUGCAACAGUGAGCCACGAACUCUCUAGGCUUGGAGCGGGCAAAGCAGUGCCAAAACACGUGGCUCCUGCCUCAGCGUGGCGGAUCUGUGCAGCCCUCCUGAGCCCCAUCAUAGGCCACGGUAUCCGAACCCACUUUAAACAGGGAGCCCCGGGUAAACUUGAGGCCGACUGGCGAGACACACAUGUGGUUUGGCUCGCUAAGCCCAAUAAACCCCCCGUGGCGGUUUCUAACAUGCGACUUAUUGGCCUGCAAUGCUCCACCAGUAAGCUUCUAGCGGGUCUCCUCCGAUCCCAGCUGAUUCAACAUCUGUAUCCACUUCUCCAGCACUUACCCCAGUUUGCCUUUACGAAAGCCCGGGGCACAGCAGAUGCGCUCCUUCGAGCGCACUCGCAUUUUGUUGAGGUGAGCACCAUCCUUCAGCAAGCCAGGGUGAACCGAUUCCAGCUCCAGGCCGGGAAAUCUCAGCAGCCAUGCACAGGAGGGAUCUGCCUUUCGUUGGACUUGUCCCGGGCUUUUGAUGGAGCUAACCGUCCUUGUAUAUACGAAGCCCUCAGAACCCACGGAGUCCCGCCUACAAUCAUCCACAUCGUUCAAGCUCUUCACUUUGAAGCUCGCUACCAUUACCGAGUGGGGGAUGCCACGGGAUUCACCACCACUUCGAACGGCAUCAAACAAGGGUGUGUCAUUGCCCUGCUGCUCUGGUCAUACUACACGGUGACCUUCAUGCUCCUCCUGCGGGAGCGUCGCAGCCCCCAAUGGCUGGAGAGAAUCCUUACAUUGUUUGCUGAUGACUGCUGGGGAGACUGGACAAUCUCAAACGAACAGGAGUUUUUAGCUGCCAUUGCUGAUUUGCAACUCAUCUUCGAAACCUUGGAAUCCCUGCAUAUGACCAUCAACUAUCACAAGACGGCAAUCUUGCUCCGACUUGUUGGCCGGGAUGCUAGCAGAAUACGUCGAGCUGCCACCUUCAUGGCGAUCCUGAAACUGCCUGCCCACCUCACCCAUGUAAAUACUGCCACGGUGUGGGAACGUGCGGGUCUUGAUCAGCCAGGCACUGUUCUCCAACGUACCCUACAGCACUUCAAGGACAGACUUCAGUCACAGGCCGCAGCGACCCCAAAUAUCACCACCACCGCCGUAGUCUUUGCCAGGCUGACCGCGCUCCAGUCCGGCCUUGACGAAGCCCAGCAGCAAGAGGCCCAGCACAUCAGCCAAGAGCCAGCUACACCAGCACUGGUCAGCUGUCCCAGCUGUGAUGCUACCUUUGUGAGCGAAAAUGCGAUGAGGAUCCAUGCCAAGCUGGCACACAAAAUUCUUCCGGCAGCCGCUGCUGUUGCCACCCCUCCGACGGCACAAACAGACCUCUUCGAAGGACAAAAAGUCGAACAUUUGCCGCUGAUCAUGAGAGACACUUUCAUUCGGAAGCUUGAUCACUGGGAGCAGUGGCUUACUGUUGCGCCACUGAUGAAGGAGCUUCAAAACCACUGUUCAAUCUGCCACCAGUGGAUCGCGGACUUCAGACAUGUGCGACAGCAUAUUCAUAAAGUGCACAAGGAAGCAUACGGUCACCUGUUUGAACAAGAAUUGGGCCCACUCGAAUCGGACAUAUUCGCUCACUGCUACAACGUGGGGCCGGUGCCAAGCAUGAUGUCGCACCGGGCGACAAAGCGGCAGCGACCAGAACAGCACCCGUUUCAGAACCGAUUCUCCUCUUUCCCUCCCAGGGGAGGAGGGCCACCGCAGCAGAUGCAGCAGAUGUAUCAGGUACCUCAGGAGAGAGACCCCAUCAGGCUGAUGAGCCGCAUCAUCUUGCAGCAGGAAGAAACUAUAUGUCAUCUUCGCAACGAGAAGUGCUUCAUUAUGUUUCUUCGGCACGAUCAGGAAGGGAUCUUGCAACAGUUAAUGGCAGUGUCCAAAGAGUGGAACGAGAAGAAAGAGAAGACACCGGAUCAGCUCACCUCCCCGCUCCGAACCCUGCUAUUGCAGUCGAUGCUUCAGGAACUUCUCAACCGUGCCCAGAAGGAAGUUGCGACUCCGGAAGGACGGGCGAAGCAGCUCACUCAGGACAACCGGCCACCCAUCCAGCAUGCCGACCUGGUCAGACUGCUCACCUGGAUGCUGAAGGAGCUCCGGGGGGACAUCAUACAGACUUUCAAGUCGAUGCCUUCCCUCCAAAAGAUCAAUACCCAGACCGUGCAGUCGUCAACCUUCAAGCUCGAGAUCUCGCUGAGGGGUCAAACCUCACUGGAGAUGCACGAAGCCUUUGCCAAGCUGGCAGCAUGUUCGGUGACUCAUCUUGUCGGGAUCUCCCUCAAGCGGGACAGCCUCCCGCAGUCCCACUUGGCGCGACAGCUCGCUGACAUCACAUUCCGCCGUCGCUGA